AUACCCACGAGUGAAAAAUGUUAUUCUUAAAAAACUUAUUUUUGAUAAUAAUUGUUAAUUAUUAUUCUUCUUGUGUUGCUGAGAAAUAUCGUGAAUUCAAUGAUUUAACACUCAAUGAAUUCAUAAAAUCGUGUGAGAAAAAUAAUCAAUCGUAUGAAAAAUUAAGUACAACACUCUCUCCAAUAUGGAAUGAACUCUUAAUGAAUACAACAAUUAGAGGUUGCUCCGAUGAUGAAAAUCGAAAAUUAAUUUCAAAAUUAGUAAACGAAACAUUAAAAUGCUUUGAGAAUAAUAAAUAUUUGAAUCGAACUGGAAAAAUUGUUGAUCAAAUUAUCAAAAAACUGUGUCCUUAUUAUAAAAUUGUUAACUUUAAAGCAAAUCAAGAGAAAUGCAUCGAACACUCAGUUGAAGAAAAAUGCUUGAAAGAAAUAAUGCCAAUAAAAUUCGAUUACUUUUUUUCCCUAUCAAUGAUUCAUACAAAAGAAGAAUGCACCCGUUUGUUAAAAAUGACAUAUUGCACUAUGAAUGGUAUUAAAAUUGGUUGCAACGAUAUAUUUUCCGAUAUAUAUGAAGGAAUAAUUCAAGAGUAUUCGUCUGCUUUAAGAUGUCAGAAGAAAUAAGAAAACAUUUAUAAAAUUGAUUUAAAAAAAAAAUUGGGCUAAUUUUAAUUAUUAAUUUGCAAGCAAAUUGAAAACAUUUAUAAAAUGAA